AUGCAGAACAAAAGUAUCGAUACCUUAGUAGCCCUCGUACAAAGCCUCCCAACAGAACUUUACGAUGAAAUCUACGAUCUCACCUUCACCGCCGCGACAGGACCACGAUACCCAGCCCGGAUCAUAUUGCAGAAGCCAACUCGGGGCACAGAACGUGAAGUUCACAGCGACCGCCGCCCAAUCGAGCUUGUAACUCACCAAUUCCAAGGCCACGACACCAUCGCACUCCUCCAAGUCGACCAUGCCAGCCGGGAGCAAUUCGCCAAAAGCUACUACGGCGGGCCAGAUGCUCUCUUCAUGUUCAAUCGUCGGAAAGAUGGCGAGAGAUGGCUCAAGUCAUUGAACGACCGCCAUCGCAGCUAUCUGCGGUGUAUCGGGCUGGCUGUGCUCUCUGAUGGGCUUUUGUAUCCUUGGAAUGAUAACACUUUAUGGUACAAGCUUGCGAUUGACCGGGAGAUGUUUUGGCGGUGUUUCGAGGUGGAGCUGCGGUUUACGUUGAGUAGGGAGAUCCUUGGUGUUUAG